UAGUCAAUUUCUGUGACUAAGGGGCUACAGAAACUAUCGGUAUCAGUUCAGGCAGGCGUGUCGAUGUCUGUGUCCUUAUGUGGAAGGCGGAAGUGGAGCACCUGUGAGCUGACGUCAGAACUGUGUGAAAGAACCUGCAGCCACUCCUCCUCUCAACUCGUUCAGUUGGAAAAGUUACUCGUCGAAGUCACAGGGUACAGUAUCGACUAGCGGAGCAAACACUUGCUGACAAAUAACCAAUUUAUUUCGAAGCAAGUUUUCACAAGGACUACUUUUGGGGCUUCCCGGACAGAUGAGGGCCGCCAUGUUCGCGGUGUGGGGGACUUUGUUCGUCAUUUUUCAGGCUUUGGCUGUAGUUUCUGCUGAAGAGCAGUCAUGUGUACCUGGAUUUCAGUCAGAUGUGAAGGUUUUCAAAGUUGGCAGAAUGAGACUUGGAAAAGGCACAGUUCUGGGCAAAGUCAUGUUCACUGAUUGUUCAGCACGCACGAGAUUUCCUUUUAGUAGUGAUGAUGGACGUUUUGUGGUUCAGACUGACGGUGUCGUGAAGGUGAACAGGCCAGUUUUUCUUUGUCAUGGAUAUCCUGACUUUUUGAUUCACACCUGGGACUCUCAAGGACGCAAGAUGACCAUUCAGGUCAUUGUGCAGCACAAUGGCAACCAACAGCAGAAUGCUGAGUGUGAUUCUGAGAGUACCAGUGAUGCAGACAUCCCUGUUUUGCACUUCCCAAAGUCUAAUGGAGGAUUAAGAAGGAGAAAGAGAGACUGGGUUAUUCCAAACAUUAACGUAGAAGAGAAUCACAGAGGACCUUACCCGCUCAGAGUAUCUCAAAUUAGGUCCAAUGAAGACGAAGUAAAAAAGAUAUUUUACAGCAUCACUGGUCCUGGAGCUGAUCAGCCUCCUGUUGGCCUUUUCACCAUGGACAGAGACAAUGGCAAUCUUUAUAUCACACAACCACUCGACAGGGAAAAGCAGGCAAAGUACAUGUUUGACGCGCAUGCUGUAGCACAAGGUUCUGGAAAUGCCGAGGAGCCAAUGGAAAUUGUUGUUAAUGUAAUUGACCAGAACGACAACAAACCAGUGUUUGAGAAGGAUACCUUCUUUGGAGAAGUGGCUGAGGCCUCACCAAUUGGGUUUGAAGUUGUAAAAGCGAAUGCCACAGAUGCGGAUCAGCCAGACCAUGACAACUCUGAUCUCCGUUACACUAUUUUGAGCCAAGAUCCAAAGUUACCCGUACCAAAUCUUUUUGCCAUCAAUGAAUUUACUGGAGUAAUUCGAGUCAACGCUGGUGGCUUAGACAGAGAGAAAUAUCCUAAGUACACGUUGACAGUACAGGCAGCUGACAUGAAGGGAAAUGGGCUGACUGGAAAUGCAAAUGUAAUUCUCACUGUAACGGAUAGUAAUGACAAUGCUCCAGUGUUCACCAAGAGCUCGUAUGAAGCUUCAGUUGAGGAAAACCGAAAGGAUGUAAUUGUGCUAAAGAUGACCGUAGAAGAUGGAGAUGAUGCUCAUUCUCCAGCUUGGAAUGCAAAGUUCAGGAUUAUUAACGGUGACACCGGAAAACAUUUUUCUGUGGAAACCGGGUCCAACAAGAAUGAAGGAAUCCUCACUACUGUCAAGGGUCUCGACUAUGAGAAGAGUGGCAAGCAUAUUUUGUUGAUUACAGCAGAGAACGAAGUUCCUUUCGCCAUUCCAUUGGCCACUUCCACGGCCACUGUUACCAUAAAUGUGAUUGACGUUAACGAACCACCCAUCUUUGAUCCGGUGGAGAAACUUGUGGUCAAACCGGAAGACCUGCCAAUUGACUCUGAUGUGGUGCAGUACAUCGCUUCGGACCCGGACAUUGAACGCAAACAGAAAGUCAUGUAUAAGAUUAUUAGUGACCCAGCAGGCUGGUUGAAUGUGGAUCAAGAUACUGGCCUCAUCAGAGUGAGGAGUGCCAUGGACAGAGAAUCCAUCUUUGUCAAGAGCGAGAAAUACACAGCACUCAUUGGUGCAUAUGAUAAUGAUGAAGUCCCAGCCACUGGAACAGGCACACUGAUGAUCCAACUUCAAGAUGUUAAUGACAACGCACCCACAAUUGUGGAACGUUCAUUCACGGUGUGCAACAAAGAAUCUGCUCCUCAGUUGUUGUCAGUGAUUGACAAAGAUGGACCUGGCAAUACUGCUCCAUACAGAGUUUCUUUAGACGGCAUGUCAAAGACCAACUGGACUGCUAGAAUGAAUGAUUCCAAAACAGGCAUAAUCCUAAAUCUGGCCACGGAACUACCAAGCGGCGAGUACACUGUGGUUCUUAGAGUGGGAGACAACCAGGGGUUAGAACAGGACAGCACAGUUCAGGCCAAAGUGUGCGACUGCACCGGGGAAGACGUGGUCUGCAAAGGGCGUGUGGCGGGCGGCGCCGACCUGCCUGUUAUCCUGGGAAUUCUGGGAGGAAUCCUUUUGCUUCUCUUGCUGCUGCUGCUCCUGCUGCUGUUUGCAAGGCGCAGAAGGGGAGAAGUAAAGGAGCCUUUACUGCAGGAAGAUGACGUCAGGGACAACAUCUAUUACUAUGAUGAGGAAGGAGGUGGUGAGGAUGAUCAGGACUAUGAUCUCGGUGUACUCCACCAAGGUUUGGACAACCGUCCUGAGGUGUUCAGGAACGACGUGAAGCCGAUCUUCCUGACCGCUCCGCAGUACCGUCCUCGUCCCGCCAACCCGGAGGAAAUCGGCAACUUCAUCGACGAUAACCUGAAGGCUGCUGACAAUGACCCAACAGCGCCCCCCUACGACUCCCUGCUGGUGUUUGACUACGAGGGCGGCGGCUCAGACGCUGGUAGCUUGUCCACUCUGAACUCUGACAGUAGCGGAGACCAGGACUACGACCACCUCGGUGAAUGGGGGCCUCGAUUCAAAAAGCUGUCCGACAUGUUCGGGGGAGAGGACGAUGACGACAUGCUGUAAAUGCACCAAACAGUAGAAUGGAUGUAAGAACGCGUGAAUGGAUUGUGCCUGAAUGUGUCGUGUAAGCAUAGACCGAAUUCAAACAUUCAGAUUGUUCACUGCACAUUGCUGUUGCCAUAAAAAGCAACCGUUUGAGAGCCAAAGAAGGCAUUCUGGGUUUUGUUUUGUAGUCCAUCCACCUGUUCAUAAUAUUUAGAUGUCCUUUUUGACAUCCAGGUUUGGUACGAAGGCUUUUUUGUUGUUGUUUGGUAAUUGUUAUAAGGUCUCAUAUUGUGAAUAUUUUUGAAUUUUGAGCCAAUAUUAUUGCAAUAGACACGGUGAGCCUAGAAAUACACGGUUGCGCUGAUAAAAUCAAAAGUUAAUUUUGGCAAUGCAUUUUACUUGAAAACAAUUGAACUACGACUACAAAUGUCAUUGUUUUGUUUAUCGAUCUUGGAUGAUGCAAUUCUAAAUUACCAGGAUGGAGUCUUUUCUAUUUCUUUGUUAUAACACUGUUUUGCUGUUGCUUUAAAAGGAAUGUAUUAUAAACAUGUUAGAUUUGCAUUUUUUAUAAAGUUGUCUUAAAGCAA